AUGAAUUUAUCACUUGAUACAAUUUUAACAAAUGCACGUGAACUUGUUUCUCGUUUACGUCGUGAUGAUGCCACAGCUGAUACAGCUGUAAAUCAAGCACAAUAUGUUCAAGAAAGAAUUCUUAGUAUGAAACAGUAUGGUGAUGAUCUUGCUGAAUUGAAUGAUAUUAGUUUACAUCGUCCAAAAACAGAUAUACUUUAUAAUAUUCAAAAAGAAAAUCGUCUAAUUAAACAAUUACAAAAAGAGAAUGAAGAACUUAAACAAUUAGUAACUGAACAUCGAAGUGUAUUAGAAAAAAUAAUGUAUAAAUAUCGACAACAUAUACAACAAUUAAAAUUAAUGGAAGAAAAAGAAAAAAUAGCUGUUCAAUUAUUUAAUGCUGGAUUAGCACAAGAAGUUCAAGAAAAAACAUCAAAAAUUCAAGAAAUGGCAUUAAUUAUGCAACGUGCAAUUGAUAUUGAUGAUACAAAUAAUGCAGCACAAGAAGAACGAAUAAAUGCACUUUUACUUGAAAAUCGAGGUUUAAAAGAAAUUCUUGCUGUACAUGAAAAUAUGCAUAAACAUAAAUCAAUAACAACAACUUUACCAGAGUUAAAUAUUAAACAUAAUACUGAUUCGGCUUUAUUAUGGACACAAAGUUUUAUAGUUUUAACAAUUGGUGCAAUUCUAUUAUCUGCAAUUGUAACAUUUUUAGCCGUGUUGUUGUGGCGUUCAAGACAACGACGAUUAUUAAAAACUCAUUGUGAACCAUCGGAAUCAACUCCAUUAUCAUUGGUGAAUAAUGAAAUAUUAAGACCAAAAGAAAUAGUAUUGUAUCCUAUUGUACCUAAACUUGUUCAAUUUAAUCCAGCAGAUAUUAAUGAAAAUUCAUAUGUAUCAACAACAGCAACAAAAAAAAUUCGUAAAAAAAAUCUUUUACAAAGAAGAGGCAAUAAUAAUGCAUUAACAAUAUCAAUAAAUUCAAAACAUCGUCUUCAUAAUAGUUCACCAACUGAUUGUUCAUCUGAUGAAUAUUUACAAACAGCAACACGAAAAUUAACUAUUGAUGAACUUCAUCAACAUGCACAAGAUACACGUUUACUUUAUCAAGAAUUUUGGUCAACACCAACAAAUCAUCUUGAAAAACUUCGUAUUUGUGGUACUGGAACAAAAAAUCGUUAUUGUACAAUAAUUGCAAAUGAACAUUCACGUGUAAAAUUAUCUGAAUUAUCCGAUGAUCCUCUUUCAUCUUAUAUCAAUGCAAAUUAUAUUUAUGGUUGGCCAAAUGAAUCUCAUGCAUAUAUAGCUACGCAAGGUCCACUUUCAAAUACAAUUAUUGAUUUUUAUCGGAUGAUAUGGCAAGAAUAUACACCUGUAAUUGUAAUGAUUACUCGUUUAUUUGAAAAAAAUAAAUCAAAAUGUGAACGAUAUAUUCCAGAUAUUCAAACAAAUCAAUAUGGUCCAUUUCAUGUUGAAGUUAAAUCAAUAAAUUAUCAAAAUGAUUAUGAAAUACGAAGAUUAAUUAUAAAAUAUGAAAAUGAACAACGUGAAGUUGAUCAUUAUUGGUAUACAGCAUGGCCUGAUCAUUCAUGUCCGAAUGUUAUACAACCAUUAAUUGAACUUAUUCAUAAUGUUGAAAAAAGUCGAAUUGAUUUAUCUAAAAUAAAUAAACGAUCUGGUCCUGUUGUUGUUCAUUGCAGUGCUGGUAUUGGUCGUACUGGUUGUUUUAUUGCAUUAAGUAAUGGUAUAAAACAAUUAAAUAAAGAAUAUGCUGUUGAUGUACUUCGUAUACUUUGUAAUUUACGACGAGAUCGUGGUGGAAUGAUUCAAACUAAUGAUCAAUAUCAAUUUGUUCAUCAAGCAUUAAGUGAAUAUGCACGACAAUUACAAUAA